AUGAGAGUGCUUAAGAAGGUUCUGCAAGCUAGUUAUGCUGGCACGAUACAGAUUGCACUCAAGCCUGCAAAACUUCUGAGUAAGACAGACCUUGGUGUACUCCAAGUCCUAGUUAUAUACCUGGUGGCCAGUCGAAACAACAUUGACAGCGAACCGCGUUCGCUACUCACUGGCUUUGCCAAGCGCCUGACCAUAUCCAUGGGGCUGCACAAGGAGGGAGACUUGCAGGAUCUUGUCUUCAUUUGCAGUUGA